AUGUCUCGUCCUAGCACCUCAGUUGUCAGCGAUGCGCUCGAUGAGCCAGGCAUUCCCUUCUACAGCGCGAUCAGUUUGAAGAACAGCCAGCCCGCAGAUAUUCCCGUUUAUUCAUUUUUGGAUUCGAAAAAUGCACCAGAGGUCAUAUAUAUACGCGAUCACGAGCAAGCAAACAGGGAGUUAGCUCGAGUCUUCUACUCCUCGUCACACUCAGAGUCGGCACGCAUUGCUGGAAUGGAUGUGGAGUGGCGUACGGCUGCAGGGCUGCCGGACCGACCGAUUGCUCUUGUGCAACUUGCGACGCGCAAGACGAUUCUGCUUCUGCAGAUAUGUGCGAUGGAAGCAUUUCCAAAGAUGCUUAUUGACAUCUUGGACGAUGAAACUAUCCUCAAAGCUGGUGUAGGAAUACUUGGCGAGUGCACUUGGCAGUCGAGCUUCCACUUGUCGGAACUAAUUUUUCGUGAUUCAGGUGAUGCACAGCGCCUUUAUAGAGACCAUGCCGUGACUGUACGUUCCUGUGUUGAGCUGUCAUACCUUGCGCGAUGUGUGGACCAUGAUAGAUGGCCCGGUGACCUCACGAACCAUAUCGGCAUUGCACGCCUGGUCUAUGUGUACAAGGGACUCUUGCUUUCCAAAGGCAGGAUGAAAAUGACCAAUUGGGAGGAACAGCUGACCGAGGAACAAAAACUUUAUGCAGCGAAUGAUGCACAUGCCGGUAUGGCAAUAUGUACCUCUCUCCUCCGACGUGCACACCACCUGGAUCGUACUCUAUUCAUGUUCAACGUCAUAAGUGCAAACGCUGUUCGCGCUGAUGGUCGACUCUGGCAGGCAUAUGAUAUACACAGAAUGCCCUCACCUGCUCUGAGGACGAGCCUCAUUGAACGUCUUCACGCGCACUCAACUUCGGGCGCGCAUAGCACACAGGGGACAAUGAGACGGCGGGUUAAACCCUUCCCAACUGCUUCUGAAUGGCAGGCAUUCUUAAGGGCUCUGUCUGGAAGAGACAAGGAUUUGAACACAAACGGGGAAUGAGGCUCUCGGCCUGUGACCCAAUUCUAGCUCCGGAUUACUUGCUGGACUGUCAAGGCCUGUGUAAAUGUAUGCAGUGCAAUUUUGCAAGGUAUUGUGACGACUCGACUACUCUUAGUGCUGACGUCCUCGAGAGGUUAGUCUAUAGUUGCUGGUCGAGCAACAAAACCGGGUGUUGGCAGCGGCAUCAGCAUUUAAAGCAUGGUAGUUUUGUACUAGAAGACGUUCAUCCUAUGUUUGUGCUCUCGUCCAAACGUCUGUUUCCGUGCUUUGUCCUAAACGCAAUAGUCGCCACUUGUUUAUUUUCCAACAAACUUACUUUAUCAAACAUCGAAUACGUUCCAC